AAAAGGCAUAUCAACCAAGCCUAGCUGUUCCAUUCCAACGUUGAUCACUCACAAGAGAAUCAACUCGCCGGAGAUUCACCGGAAGCUCAUCAACCUCUCUUACUCUUUACCAACGAAAAAUGGAGAUCAGCCGGGAAACCUUCCACAACGACGGUCAUCUCAACCUUAAAGCCACUGAGCUUACCUUGAGGUUGCCGGGAAGGGACGAUGAAAGGGAAAGUUGUCAAAAUUCAAGAAACAAAAAGAGGUCUUCUUCUGAAAUGGGGUGCUCAUCUAGCUUCACCCAAACAGAUCCCGCCCCCGCCCCAAAGGCACAAGUUGUGGGAUGGCCACCGGUUCGGGCAUACCGGAAGAACGUUCUCGAGGCGAAAAAGUCGCCCGAGACGGAGACGGGCGGAGGGGUUUACGUGAAAGUGAGCAUGGACGGAGCUCCAUACCUAAGAAAGAUGGAUUUGAAGGUAUUCGAGAGCUACCCGGAGUUAGUGAAGGGGUUGGAAAAGAUGUUCCAAUGCAGCAUUUCUACGAACUGUGAGAGGGAAGGCGGAUACAUUAAUUUCAUCAACGGAUCUGAUGAUUACAAUCUGACGUAUGAAGACAACGACGGCGACUGGAUGCUCGCCGGCGAUGUGCCGUGGGAGAUGUUUGUUAACAACUGCAAAAGGCUGCGUAUCGUUAAACAAAAUGAUUUGAAGCUGAAGGCUUGAUUCCUUAAUAAGUUGAUGGGUUACAUACUGGAUCGUUUCCGUACACAGAACAUUUUUUUUUUCCUUUUUAUGAAGUACUAUAGCUUAAUUAGAUUGUGGAAUAUGUAUUCAUACAGUGUUGAUGGUUUUGAGGAAAUAUUUGAUGUUCACAACGCCAGAAAGUAUUAUUGGAUUGCAAUGUUCGUUCACAUCAGAUUAAAAUUAAAAAUGGUUAUGAGAAAUGAUAAAUUCAAACUCCGUUUGAUUUGAAAAUAAAA